AUGCCAGCACCAGAGAAAGAGGAGAGGAGGGAGGAGAGUGUGGAGGAGAGGAGAGAGGAGAGGAGAGAGGAACAGAGAGAGGAAAGGAGGGAGGAGAGGAAAGAGGAGAGGAGGGAGGAAAGGAGUGAGGAGAGGUGUGAAGAGACAAUGGAAAUGAGAGAAGAGAGGAAAGAGGAAAAGCUACCACCUCCCCCAAUAUCUUUCCAGAAAGAGGAAAAGCUGAUGCCUCGUCCUCAGCCGAUGCAGAUAGAAUACAAAGCUGUCAGCUGGAGAGAAAACAAAAACAAAACAACAACAACAUCCAACAGAACAGACAGAGAAACGUCUAGAGGCAAACCUAAGGUUGAUUCUUUACAGCAGGUGUCCAGAGAGACAACCAAAGAACCCGAGGACCCUUCUGAUGUAACAGCUAAGAGUUGCGCAACAGAGGAAGUAGAUGUGAUAGAGACAGAGUCAAACCAACACAAGACCCCUGUGCAGGACACUGUCAAAACAGAAACAGGCAACACCAAGGUGAAACCCAGUGAAACAGAGUCACCGAGAGUAACCAGGAGACACCGAAGUGUAUCAGAGUCUAGUGACAAACCUGAAUUGGUGAGAAGAGAUACAAAGCCACCUAUGCUGGGCAGCAGCCCUAAACUCCCCAGUAAAGACAAAGAAGUGUCUAGUGCUUCUCUUGUGCUACAGGAUGGAUCCAAUAAGCCCAAGUCAUUCUCAGCUUUAGCUACAGCCUCCCCGGCGUCCCCUGCUCCCGCCUCCCCUACUCCAGCCUCUCCAGCCCCAGCUCCAGCCUCCCCAGCCCCAGCUCCAACCCUGGUCUCCUCACCUGGUCCCAAAGCUUCGCCAGCUCCAGCUUCUCCUCCAGCCCCAACCUCAUCCUCAGCUCCAGUUCUAGGCACUCCACAUUCCUCUGUCCCCACCAAGACCCCCACCCCUACCCCCAGCCACUCUGUGUCCAUGCUGGUCAAAGAGAAGGGCUACCAGGCAGAUAUUGGGUCUGUGGUCUCUGAGGCUGUGUCAGAGGAGAUAACAAGGAGUGGGGGUGGAGGGGUCCCACGGAAACAUAUCAACAUAAUAGAGAUCCCUCUUCAGACCCGUGGAUCCUCAGACGGGAGUACGAGUGACUCACACAGACAGAGAACCUACUCGUCCUCGUCUACAUCCUCUGUGCAAGCAGCCUCAUCCGUAUCAUCCUCAAGCACUGUGCAAGCAGCCUCAUCCGUAUCAUCCUCAAGCACUGUGCAAGCAGCCUCAUCCGUAUCUUCCCCAAGCACUGUGGAAGAAGCCUCAUCCUUCUCCUCAACCUCAGUCAAUGCGUCAACCUCAGCAUCGUCUUCUGUGAAUGCAUCAACCUCAGCCUCGUCCUUUUCCUCAUCUGCCAUCAAUGCAUCAGCCUCUUCAUCUUAUACCCAUUCAGUCCCAAAUUCUCCCAGGCUUCGAAGAGUCUCCUCUCAAAUGGAUGACAGAGUUAGGACGACUUCGAAUCAGGAGAGGGUUAGUGUCAGAGCCACGGUCAGAGACAUUGAGCAACGCACGGCAUCAUCACCACCACCCUCACAGAAGAAAACACAAGAAGACACUGCUGAAAAAGAGACAGUGAAGAAAUCAACCUACUCACCUAAGCUACCAGGCUCACCAGCACUGAUGAGAAGAUACCGACCACAAGUGAUCGAGGUGAGGUCGUUGUCUAAAGAAAUACAUAAACAAGAUAAACAAGAGAAGACCAUCACGUCAAGCACCAGACCGCAAACUAUAGAGGUUCACUCAAUAGCCAACGGUCCGCCAGUGGCACCGAAACCAAAGUUCAGACCGACAGAUGCAAAUUCACUGUCCAGUGAAACACAGCAGAAACCAGCCGGGGCAGCAACAUCAAGCUUCAAACAGCACACAGAAGAGGAGAGACCUGUGCCCAACGAGAAACCAUCAACUUCAGCUACAACUAUCCACAGACAUCUAUCGAACGAUUUGACCCCAGCGUCUAACUAUAAUAAAAAGUUAUCCGUUUCUGCAGUGUCCAGCUACAGGCCUCCACCUAUCAAGACAACAAUCAUCGCUAGUUUCUCUCACAAACCAGCGUCAACAACAGCAGACACAGAGACAUCCAACGAAAGGCCGAAGCAACCAGGGGUCUCAACCCAAGGACAAGGACAGGCCCCCAUCUACACACAGAGACCCACAACCCUCACAGUCUCAGCCCCAGCUCCAGUUCCAGCCCCAGCUCCUACCCAAGCCCCUGCUGCCCCAGCCCCUGCCCAAGUCCCUACCCAUGCCCAUGCCAUACACUCAAGCCAGUCAGCUGUUGUGGAUAUAACCAGCCACACUCAGGAGCAAACUAUGCCGGUUACCUUCAACAAUACAAAACAACCUGCCACGGUAUCCACAAACACACAGGUCCCCGUAUACAGACACCACGUACACACACAGGCCCCCAUAUACACACACCACGUACACACACAGCAGCCCAUACACAGAUCCUUGUCCAGCGACCGCCCGCAGAGGGCAGACGACCUGCUUUUCUACGCAUCAGACGACCCCCCUAGUUAUGACGAGAGGGAGAGCUUCAGCCCCCUCCACCUACCUGACCUGCCCCAGAGGAAGCUGAACCGCUACCACCCCUCCUCUUCCUUCUCCUCUGCCUCUUCCUGCCCCGCUCCCUGCUCCUGCACCUCUGGCUGCCCAUCCCACGGCCUCACACCCCCUCACCACCACCACUCCCCCCACACCCACACCCCUCCCUUCCCCACCCACUCCCCCGGCCAGGCGCUGUCUUACUCCAUGGGGGGUCAACCCGCACUCCGGCCACACCAGUGCAGAGCAGAUCCCCAGCCUCUGAGCUCGAUCAGCUACCAGCCCAGCUCUCCCAAAUCAUCCACCCUCCCCAGCACCACCCAGCCCCCCCCAGUCAUGUAUCAGUCCCUCCACCAACCCCACCCCUCCAUGCUCCAGCCCUGCCCGGCCGACCGCCCUCUCCAGCACCCCCAACACAUGGACCCCCGUCGGGCCCCCCCUCUCCACCGCUCCCCCCAGGGCCAGCCACCUGUCUCUGGGGGACCCUACAGUGACCAAAGCCACUCUCCCAACCUGCCCCCUAUGGACCCUCAGUACCUGUGCAGCCCACAGAGCCUGGGGCCAUCCUAUGGGUCUGAGUAUGGGAGUCUGUCUGGGUCUGACUACCCAGACAGUACAGGGGGUCUGGGGUACAGGCAAACCCCUCGCAGGGUCCUCAUGGAUCCUGACACGGGGAAGUAUUUCUACAUUGAGGUGCCUGUGCAGCCACUGAGGAAGAUGCUGUUUGAUCCAGAGACGGGCCAGUACGUGGAGGUGCUCAUCCCCCAGAGUACCAUGUCCCACUCAGACCUCUACCCUCCCUCGGCCGCCCCCUACUCCCCCGCCUCGGCGGCCCCCUAUUCCUCCAUCCACAACCCCAACAUGUAUGCCCCCUCCACCCAGUACCUUCCCUAUGGCCCCCCUCCACCUGCACCUCACCCCCAGUCCCAGCCUCAGCCUCCCCGCCACCCAGAGGCUCCAGCCCCAGGGACGAUGCACCAGAAUGGGGCUCAGGUCGGCUACGGGAGCCCCGGGAGCCAGGGGUCCAAGCCAGAGCCCCAGAGUCAUGCACCUCUGGACCAGAGCUACCUGGAGAGCAUGUACUACGUCCCUACAGGCAUGAACGCUAGCCCCCCAGACUGCUACUACAAACAACCCUCCAGUCUGCCCAAUGCGGGGGGGAAGAGGGCCUGA